AUGAAGCGGUUGGAGAAGGUGCAGCACAUGCAGCGGGAGAUGGACGUGAUCGAGGCAAAGGAGCUGGGGCAGGGGGGCCUCACAGCGGGGCAGCAGACGCAGAUCGCCCGCAACAAGACUCGCAUCCAGCAGGUGGGUGGAGAGGGGUGGGGAGGAGUGGGGCGGCGUUGGGAGGACGCCCUUUCAGACGUCUCAAACGAAGGGCUCCCAACAGGGGCAGCAGACACGGACUGA